UUCUUUUUUUUUUUUUUUCUCCUUCUCCUUCUGGAUCAGGCAGCGAUCAACCCCUUCUCUCGGUGUCUUUCUCGAAACAGGUGAUCCUUGUUAACGGCCGUCGGUUCCUGGAUGCGGUUCCCUGCGUUUGGAAGAUGACGAUGCCAGGAGAGACCGAAUCGGCGUGACUCACUUUGCGAGAGGAGAAACUUUUUCCCCCAUUUGAAGGCACUCAAACACACGCAGCGCUUCAAGCUGAAGUUGGUUUCAAAGCUGAAGUUCCCGGGAUUUGUGCGUGUCAAUUUCCAGAAGCUGCUUAUUUUUUUCUUUUCCUCCUCCCCGAUCCCCCCCCGAAGGAAACUGUUGCUCUUUGGAAUAGACUUCUUAAAUGUUUGGGAUCCAAGAUACUUUGGGAAGAGGACCGAUUCUGAAAGACAAAUCUCUGGGUUCUGAGAUGGAUUCCGUCAGGUCCUGGGUCAGAAACGUUGGGGUUGUGGAUGCAAAUGUAGCAGCACAAAGCGGCGUAGCUCUGUCCAGAGCUCACUUUGAGAAGCAGCCGCCCUCCAACUUGAGGAAAUCCAAUUUCUUUCACUUCGUUCUGGCGCUCUACGACAGACAAGGGCAGCCCGUGGAAAUAGAGAGGACAGCUUUUGUGGACUUUGUAGAAAACGAUAAAGAGCAAGGCAACGAAAAGACCAACAACGGCACGCAUUACAAACUGCAGCUCCUGUACAGCAACGGUGUCAGGACUGAACAGGAUCUGUAUGUCAGACUCAUUGAUUCCGUCACCAAGCAGCCCAUAACUUAUGAAGGACAGAACAAGAAUCCAGAGAUGUGCAGAGUGCUGCUCACUCAUGAAGUCAUGUGCAGUCGGUGCUGUGAGAAGAAAAGUUGUGGCAACAGAAACGAGACUCCAUCGGACCCUGUGAUCAUCGACAGAUUCUUCUUAAAAUUUUUUCUCAAGUGCAAUCAGAAUUGUUUGAAAACAGCAGGAAACCCCCGAGAUAUGAGGCGGUUCCAGGUUGUGCUAUCCACAACAGUGAAUGUUGAUGGGCACGUGCUGGCAGUGUCUGACAACAUGUUUGUUCACAACAACUCCAAGCAUGGACGGAGAGCAAGGAGACUCGACCCCUCUGAAGCCACACCUUGCAUCAAAGCAAUCAGCCCAAGCGAAGGCUGGACAACGGGAGGAGCGAUGGUGAUCAUUAUUGGAGACAACUUCUUUGAUGGGCUUCAAGUAGUGUUUGGAACCAUGCUUGUGUGGAGUGAGCUCAUCACGCCUCAUGCAAUUCGAGUUCAGACGCCUCCACGUCACAUUCCUGGAGUGGUUGAAGUGACAUUAUCAUACAAAUCCAAACAGUUUUGCAAAGGCGCCCCAGGCAGGUUUAUUUACACAGCUUUAAAUGAACCUACUAUAGAUUACGGUUUCCAAAGACUGCAAAAGGUCAUCCCAAGACAUCCUGGGGACCCUGAAAGAUUAGCUAAGGAAAUGCUGUUGAAACGAGCUGCUGACCUAGUUGAAGCACUGUACGGAACGCCGCAUAACAACCAGGACAUCAUUCUGAAACGAGCUGCAGACAUCGCAGAAGCUCUUUACAGCGUACCGCGGAACCCCGCGCAGAUCCCUGCGCUGUCCAGCUCCCCGGCGCACAGCAGUAUGAUGGGUAUUAACUCCUACGGCAGCCAGCUGGGGGUCAGCAUCUCAGAGUCAACACAGGGAAACAACCAAGGUUACAUUCGUAAUACAAGCAGCAUCUCACCCCGCGGUUACUCAUCCAGUUCCACACCUCAACAGUCCAAUUAUAGCACUUCCAGCAAUAGCAUGAAUGGCUACAGCAACGUCCCCAUGUCCAACCUGGGUGUUCCAGGCUCCCCCGGUUUCAUUAACGGCUCUCCAACAGGAUCCCCUUAUGGAAUAAUGUCUUCAAGUCCAACAGUUGGCUCCUCCAGCACUUCUUCCAUCCUUCCGUUCUCCUCUUCCGUCUUUCCUGCUGUCAAACAGAAGAGUGCCUUUGCUCCCGUCAUCAGACCCCAAGGGUCUCCUUCUCCUGCCUGCUCCAGUGGCAAUGGAAAUGGGUUUAGAGGUAAGAAGUGUACAAUUCAUAUUCAGCUGGCAUAUACAAAGCACACUGUGUUUGCCUAGAGCCAAUACAAUAAUCACCUGAAAGACCACUACACCAUUAGAGGACUCUAUAGUGAAAGUCUGACCCAACUCAGCUGGAUUAAAGCAUUGCUCCAUGUUUUGUCUUUUUCAUGUUAAAGCAGUGAGGGACAGAUACUCAUUUAUACCAAGAAGGAUUUCACCCAUGCUUCUUUUAAAUACCAGCUCUUUUGUGAGGAAUGGCUUCUCCUUAAGCUGCAGGGACCUGUAAAACAAAUGUCUGCCCUGCAGAGUUAAUAGACAGCUCUGCACACAAUGGCCAAUGUCUUGAAACCUGCUGCAAGGUUUAGGCUCAUGCAGGGAAUUAAGCCCUAUAGUACAUUUACAGCCUUUUUAAAGGUGAUCUGCAAAACAAAUGUGAGUAUUAAGAUAAGAAUGGAAACCUGUAUUAAAUUCUUUGCUUUAACAGGCUGUGGGAGGGGGGGUUGUGCAGCACAUAAAUACACUCCAAGUCUCCAUAAAAGAAAGCUUUUAUAGGGCCUUAGAAGUCAUCUGGCUCCUUCAGACUUCACUAGAGAUAUCAUAGAAAAAAAAACAAAUCUGGGAACUCAGCCAUGCCAAGAGCCAGUGGUAAUUCUAAAAAUGAGUCCUACAAACCGCACCUGUUGAUUUGGGUGCAUUAUAAAUCCUUAGCUAGGCCACAGGGACCUACAUAAACUGUGAUUAUUUUAUAUAAUAAGGAAAUUUUAGGUGUGUUGAACAAAAAUAAUUACAUUUUUAAAAGCUAGCAUGCAGAAUUCUGCUAUAUAUGUGAAACAGUUUCUUCCCCUGCCGCAAUUACCUGAAACUUCGUACCUCUUUAAGAUUAUCUCCUCCCCAUUAAUGAAACACAUUGCCCCAUCCAUGGGGCACCAUGUUGACAGGGAACACAAUUUCUUUCCUUCUCUGUUUAAAGGAGAAAGGCAGGAGUAUUUGAAGCAAUUUUUGUGUAUAGAUUUGUACAUAAAGAAAGCUUUGUUGACCCAACAGCUGAGGCUAUUUAUCU